AUGGUUAGCGAACGGGGAAUAGAUGCAAAUCCUAAUAAGGUGAACGCGGUGCUUGAGAUGAAACAACCAAAGACAAUCCGAGAUAUACAAAGGUUGAAUGGCCGAAUGGCAGGGCUAACUCGUUUUAUCAGCAAAUCAGCUGAUAAGGCACUUCCCUUUUUUGUGGUUUUACGGAAGAACAAGACGUUUGAAUGUGGAAAAGAACAGCGGGACGCGCUAGAGGUGGUAAGAAAUCAUUUAAGAUCUCUCCCAAUAGUUGCAAGGCCGGAAAGGGGGGAACAACUGAAAUUAUACAUCUCUACGUCUCCAAAGACAAUAGCUGCAGUGUUAGUAGUGGAGAGGAAGAAGCAUCAAAUGUCGAUAUACUUUGUUAGUCAUGUACUGAAUGCGGCAGAGCGCAGAUAUCCAAUAAUUGAGAAAAUGGCAUUAGCAGUGGUGAUUGCGGCAAGGAAGUUAAGGCCAUACUUUGAUGCACAUCCGAUAGAUGUUCUAAAAAAUUAUCCAUUGGAAAAAUCGUUGCACAAAAUGGAUACGUCAGGAAGAUUGCUGAAAUGGGCUGUGGAAUUAUCGGAGUAUGAGAUACAUUAUAAGACCAGGGUAUCAAUAAAGGCACAGACCUUAUCUGACUUCAUAGUAGAGGCUUCAUAUACAGAUGAAGAAGAGGAUAUAGGCACUUGGCAGGUCUCUGUAGAUGGAUCCGCAACAUCAAUAGGAUCAGGGGCUGGCAUAGUCAUAACGUCUCCAGAUGGACAGGUCUUUGAGUAUGCAGUAAAAUUUAAAUUCAAGGCAACAAACAAUGAAGCUGAGUAUGAAGCAGCGGUGGCAGGAAUUCAGUUAUCUAUUGCAGUCGAGGCAAAGCGUUUAGUGCUUACAACUGAUUCCCAACUCCUGCAGUAUUUUGAAAUAAAGCUUGUGCCGAGAGCCCAAAAUGCGCAAGCAGAUGCUUUAGCAAGGUUGGCAAGUUCGAGUUUUAAUAACUUAGAAAGAACUGUGAUGGUUGAAAUUUUGGGUGAGAAGAGUAUAGAUGAAGCACCAGAACAAGUGCUUUGUGUUGAUAGAGCCACCCAAUGGUAUGAUAACAUACUAGCAUAUCUCGUCCAUGGGGUGCUACCGGCAGAUAAGGGAGAAUCACGAAAGUUACGAAAGGAUAGUGUAUGGUUCAUUAUGCAUCAAGGACAAUUGUAUAAAAAAAGCUUUUCAUUACCAUUGAUGAGGUGCAUAAGUGACCUUGAGUCGAAAAGGUUGAUUGAAGAAAUACACGAGGGUACAUGUGGCAAUCACCUCGGACCGAGAGUUCUAUCAAGAGAAGCAAUGAGGAGAGGCUACUACUGGCCGACCAUGAAUGAAGAUGUGGUUUGA